GGUCAUGAUAUUUGGAAAUGGAAAACAAAACAGCAAUCAAAACAAACAAUUUCAUCGGCAUCUAAGGCUGUGCUUACCGCUUUGCUUGUGGAUAAUUAUACGUUUUUCCUAUAGGUAGUGUUUUACCUAAUUUGCCUUUAAUAGAAAAUCACAACACAGAUUCAGCCAGUUCUGAUUAGAAAUGGGUUCUUCUACCUCCGAUAGCGAACUAGAACGCAAGCCAAGGAAACAUAAGAAAAGGGAGAAAAAGUCCAAAAAGUCUAAAAAGGAGAAAAAACACAAGAAAGAAAAAAAGCAUAAACGCCACCGCCGUACGCGCUCGUCGUCAUCCAGUUCGGGAAGCGAAAGCGAUGAAUGGGUGGAAGCUUUGUCUGCUAAAGUGGACCAAUACCAGGACAACAAAGAGGUGCCACAACCGAUGACUGAAGGAAAGCUUGAGCGGGAAGAUUGGAUGAAUAGCAUGCUGAUUCCGACUUACAGCAAGGAACCGAAAAAAGAGGACAAGAAAAAUCCGACCUCCGAACAGUACGAUCCCAAAACUAGUGUUCGUGAGCUGAAUCCGCACUGGAGAAAUGGAGGCACAGGGUUGCCCAGCUUUCGCAAACCGGCAAACGAUGAUGAAAACAGUGACGAUGGUUAUCGAUAUCACCGCACGGCAGAAGGGCACCAGCAACAGAACCGGACUAGCAGUGCUGGAUGGAAAAAAUCAGCUAAAGAAAAACAAGAACCGUCACAACGACAAAGUGAAGUGAAAAUCGAAAAAACAACCGAAAGUGUAACUAAUGCCGGACAGCAUAACGAAGAGUUCUUAACAGACGAGCAGCUAAAUGAGCUUGGAGCUAAAAUAAUUAAAGCAGAGUUGCUUGGCAAUACAGCACAGGCGGAAAACUUGAAGCUAAAGUUAGAGAAAGCCAAAGCUUAUCGUAAUGAAAUGCAUGCCAAGAAAAAGCAACACGAAGACAAUGCGCACAAACGAAGAAAAAGUACGGAAGACACCGUUACGUACGUUACGGGUAACGAUUCACAGAAGGUUAAUUCUAAAAAACAAAAACGGUACCAGCAAAAUCUACCACCCGGACCCGCUCUGUCUGAUAAAUUUAGUUCCGAGCGUCACGAGAACGACAACAUGGAUGCACAGUUCUUUAAAGUUUCCUCCAAGAUGGGCGAUGGCAAACGAUUGGAAAAUAUAUUUGACCAUCAAAAGGCUUCCUCGUCGAUGGGCGAUAUGGAUGCGAUCGAGGAACGUACAGUGCGUGAUAUGAAUCGAAUGAGCAAAGCACAGGCCGAUUGUGAACGUUGUCUGAAUUCUGCCAAGUUUGGACACGAGCAGCUAAUUUCGAUGGGCAAAAAUGUGUACCUGUCCAUUCCAACGUGGCGUGCCUUGCAACCGAAACACUGUUUCAUUGUGCCUGUUGGCCACUACCCGUGCUUAACGCAGGUGGAUGAAGAUGUACAUCAGGAAAUAGUCGACGUGUGCAAGACAUUGGUUCGAAUGUUUCGCAAGCACCAAAUGGAGGUAGUCUUCUUCGAAACCGUCCGCUAUCUGAACCGUAAUCCUCACAUGUACAUCCAGUGCGUACCGGCAAAGGAUUACGAGAUGGCUCCGUUUUAUUUCAAAAAAGCCAUUCUGGAAUCGGAAACAGAGUGGGCAAUGAACAAGAAGCUCCACAACGUGGACGGUUUUAACGUGAGACGUACGAUUCCGAAGGGUUUGCCAUACUUUUGGGUAAACUUCAACAUGGAAAACGGAUUUGCACACGUGAUCGAAGAUCAGGAAAUGUUCCCGGUUACGUUUGCGACGGAAACAAUAGCCGGAAUUCUUGGUUUAGACACAAGAGACUGGCGCAAACCUCGCAAAGAGAUGAAUCCGGCACAGAAAGUGGAGGAAUUUAAACACUGGUGGUGUGAAUUUGAUGCAGUCCUACAGACGAAAUAAAAAUGUGUUUAAAGAGCAUAAAAUA